AUGGCUUUUGCCGCUGUAACCAUUUUAAUGGAUACACUUCACCAACACUUCCUUCAACCCACACCUCGUUUCCCUCUCCGCAACAAAACAAAGGUCAAAUUACUUUACAAAAAUCUGUCUUCUUUGCAAACCUCUCUCGAACAAGAUUUCAAAGCGGGGGAGUGUGACGAAGCAGCGAAAGCAUUGGAAGCAGAAAUGAGAGAUGUCUCAGUUGAACUAAGGUUCCAAAUAGAACACGAAUUGAGAUUGUUUUACCUGGGGAAUUCCAUGAAGCUUAGGCUUCACUCUGCUCAAAACUACCUUCCUCCAAUCUUGAAUCGAGAAAUCAACGCCCUAGACCCUCUGGGUGAUUUCUCCUUUUAUAUGAACCCGUCGGAAUUUAUGGCGGAGGAGUUGAACCCGUCGCAAUUAUGCCUGCUGGUUCAAACCAUACAAACUAUGAAAUUCCGUUGUGUAUAUAAGCAUUUCUGUUCUAGGUUGGAUAUCCUACUGAAGCACUUCGCGCUGCCGGUAUCGCGCAUGCCGCCUCAUAUACGGAAAAGGUUGGAAACUUUUUGCGCACAACAUGUUGAUUGUUUCCGUCAUGGUCCACAGAUUAUCCAAGGCGAACAAGAAAGCGAGGACGAGGAUGAACAAAAGACAGAUGAUGAUGAAGAACAAGAGAGCUGCAAGGAUGAGGAUGAAGAACAGGAUAGCAAGAAUAAUAAACAAAAACACCCAUGGUAUAUGUUGUGUAAAGAAGCAACAAGUAUAAUCAGGCAAGAAUUGAGAGCUCCGUCUUAUCUCAAUAAAUACAUGAAGCAACGAAUACAGGCUCGACAUAAGAUUCAUCAAAUUUUCAAGCAAGGAAUUAAGCUCACAUCUUACAUCAAGAAAGAGCUGUACUUGUUGAAGGUUAAGAAUGUUGCAUACCCCCAAUCACUAAACAAUAAUGCUGCUUCUUUUAGAGUUGGUGUUCCAUUGCAUUUGCAGCAUACUUCAGCUUCAGAGCAUACAAUCAGUAUGGUGGGCUGCAAUGAUGAGCUCAACACCAUAAUGGACAGCCUGAACCAGCAAUCCUCAAAACGAGAAAUUGUCUCAAUCGUGGGGAUGGGUGGCAUCGGUAAGACCACCUUAGCUAGAAGGAUUUAUGGAGAUGCUUCAUUCAUUUCUCGCUUUGAUUGUCGAGCUUGGGUUACUAUCUCACAGGACUAUAAUCCAACAAAAGUUUUCCAAGGCCUUCUUCAUUCUCUUGGCCAAAGGGUCUAUGUCAACAAUGAAACUAGCAACGACGAAUUGGCCGAGAAAGUAUACCGAUGUCUAAAACAUCAAAGGUAUAUGAUCAUAAUAGAUGACAUAUGGAGAACAAAGGUUUGGGAUGAUUUAGUGAAAAGUUUUCCAGAUGACAGCAAUGGAAGUCGAAUAUUGUUGACCACUCGACUAAAAAAUGUGGCGGAAUAUGCUGGUUCAGGUAGUAAUUUUUGUCAUAACAAGAGUUUUUUGAAUUCAAAUCAAAGUUGGAAACUUUUUUGCAAGAAGGUGUUGUCCGAGAGAAUUUUGUCUGCUGAAUUUGAAAAAAUUGCUAGAGCAAUAGUAGACAAGUGCAAAGGAUUACCUCUUGCAAUUAUUGUGGCCGCUGGACUCCUCUCAAAUUCCAACCAAACUAUUCAUGAAUGGGAGCAUAUUGCAAAAAAUGUUCAUACAUUGAGUUUAGAUCAUUCUAAUCAGCAGUGUGAGAACAUCAUUGAUUUGAGUUACACCUUCUUACCUCAUCAUCUUAAACUCUGCUUUUUGUCAUUUGGGUGUUUUCCGGAAGACUAUGAGGCUCAUGAAGAUGAGAUUGUUGGCUUUUGGGUUUCGGAGGGGUUUCUAAAGGUUUUGAAGUCUAAGAGUAUGGAAGACGUGGCAAGGGAAUCCUUACAGGAUCUUGUAGAUAGAAAUCUUGUUUUAAUCUGUGAAGAAGGAAAUACAAAAGGUGGAUUAUUAAAAGCCGCAUAUCAAAUGCAUGAUAUCUUGCGUGAAUUGGCCUUGAGAGAAGCCCGGAAAGAGAAGCUAUUAUGUUCUAAGGAGGGUAAUGGCAUAGGUUUGAGAUUUAAAAGAAGUCAACCAAUGAAAUCAAGAAUUUGUAGGUACAAGUGUUUACCUCAUUCUAGCAAGACCUCUUUAUUUAUUGAUGUACAAAAUGCCCCCCCAAGGCUGGUGCAUAUGCAUUUAAAGUUUUUAAGGGUAUUGGUGCUACGUGAUCUCUCAUCCAAUAUUUUAUUAGAAAUGGUGAUUGCGGGUCUAGUGCAUUUGAGAUGGCUAAAAAUUACUGGUAGGUUGAAUAUUUAUUCUCUACCUUUGUUCAUGUUGUGGAAUCUGCAGACACUAGAACUUCAUUGUUAUUCACCGUGUGAAUCCCUUGAUAUUUGGAGAUUACCUCAAUUAAGGAAAGUUUCUAAUAGGUAUACCUUUACACUAGUUCCUCCAAGAUCAAUUCAUCAUAAUUUGGAGAGCAUUGGACGUUUGGAUUAUAGGAGUUGUACAAAGGAGUUGUUCAUGAGAAUUCCAAAUCUAAGGACAUUGGAAAUUAGUGAUGAUAUGAACAUUUGUCUGGGGGGUGGCGCAUCCAACUGGUUCGAAAGCCUUGUCUAUUUAUAUAAAUUGAAAGAACUAAUGGUUUAUAACAAACGCCUUGAUUCCGAGUUUAGAACAUUUCAUUCUUUGGGGAUAUUGAGCCUAGAUAAAUUUUUGCCAAAUCUUAUGAAGUUGGAUCUCGUCCGUACACAUUUAGAAUGGAAUGAUGUGGAUCUUAUUGGUACAUUGUCUAAGCUUGAGGUACUCACAUUGGGAGGUGGGGCUGUUGAUGGGCAAAAAUGGGAACCUAGAGAUGGAGGAUUUCGUCGAUUAAAAGUCUUGGCUAUGGUUGGUUGUAAUCUACAUUAUUGGAAAGUCACUAGUGAUCAUUUUCCAGUGCUCGAAUGUCUACAAUUACAUGACAUGGGCUACGAGGGGUUAACAGAGAUUCCUAGUAGUUUUGCAGACAAAGUUACUCUCAAAGCAAUCAAGUUAAUUCGAUGUUCAUACCAACUUAUAUCCUCUGCCAAGCAUAUUCAAGAAGAGCAAUUAGAGUACGGGAACGACACAUUAGUUGUUAAUAUUGUAAGGUAUAAUUUCUAG